GCGAGGCGCCUGCGCAAAGGCCCAGAGCGUUCUCCAGGACUUACCCAGCAGGCAACGCUGCAGCUUCCGGUCAAAAUGGCGAGCAGGCCUGCCGUUGCAGCAUCAAGCCGGUGGCUGGAGGGUAUUCGAAAAUGGUACUACAAUGCUGCAGGGUUCAAUAAACUGGGGUUAAUGAGAGAUGAUACAAUAUAUGAGAAUGAUGAUGUGAAAGAGGCCAUAAGAAGGCUUCCUGAGAACCUUUAUAAUGACAGGAUGUUUCGCAUUAAGAGAGCACUGGACCUGACCAUGAGGCAUCAGAUCUUGCCUAAAGAGCAGUGGACAAAAUAUGAGGAGGAUAAAUUCUACCUUGAACCAUAUCUGAAAGAAGUUAUUCGGGAAAGAAAAGAGAGAGAAGAAUGGGCAAAGAAAUAAUGAUGGAGUUGAACUCUGGUUGCAGCUGCCCUCAAAUAUUUUUAAGAAGUUGAAUAAACCUGAAGUGUACAAUUUAGAACUAUCUGAGCUGCAAAUAUAUUACUUUAAAUAAAUGUCUAUUGUGAUUAUUGUUGGAGUGUUUGAAUUCUAAA